AUGUGUCCGCUGAGGUUCAUACUCGUCUUCUUGUCUGCCAUAGUGGCAGGAUUCUUCGUCAUGAGGAAUCUCACAUUCAACACCGACCUCGAAAACUUGUUCCUCUCAGAUUCUGCUUCUACUUCUGAUCAGUUUCAAGAUCAAUCUACAUCCCCCGCCUUCUCAUCCAAGGCUGUAUCUGCUGCUGCAUCGGGAUUCUGGACGUUCAUUGACAUGGCAAGUGGACGCUACCUUUGGAGGACUUUCGUGUCUUAUUCUUCUUCCACAGCUUGA